AUGGAAGUCAACAUUCCUCUCCGGCAGGUCACAAGGGUCCUUGUCAUUCUCAGUGUGACUCUGGUCUUGGUUCUGACCCUUCAGUACCUGUACGGGGUUUUCCGAGCCCUUAGAUCCCCUCUGCGCCACAUCCCGGGGCCGUGGUAUAGCCCUUUCACCACCUUGCACUUGCGGUAUGGCUUUGCUACCGGGAAGAUCUGGAAGCUUGUGGAGCAGAGCCACAAAGCCUACGGACCCAUUGUCCGCCUUGGGCCUCGCCAGGUCUGGAUCUCUGACAAAGAGGCUAUGAAGCAGAUCCUGCUCAAGGUCGAUCUACCUAAAGUGGCUAUGUACGCCGAAAUCUCUCGAGACAGACAUAGUCCUGGUCUCUUUGGUGAAAUUCGGCCCAUGCCACACAAGAGGCUCAAGCGCUUUCUAUCUCCUGCUUUCACAGUCUCCUACGUCGAUAAUCUAGACGUCUUCUUUGCUAAGACGAUUAGGAGCUUGCUCGAUAAGUACCAGACCAAUGUCAGCGUUGUUGGCCCGGUCCAGAGCGGUUAUGAAGUAGACUUGAUGGACGAUCUUCAUAAUGUUGCUCUCGACAUUAUGGGCGAGUGCUCUUUUGGUAGAGGAUUUGGACAAACGAACCCAGACGGUGAGAUUGAAGAUGGUGUUGAUGAGAAAGUCUGGAAGUCGAUCCCUAGGUCCAUUUUCGAUGGGCUCAGUAAGAGAUACCAGACAGUCUACAUCAAAAGAUUUCUCAGGGCAAUGGGCUUGGAUGUCAAGUUUGACUGGCCCAAAGAGAUGAUCGUGGCCAUCGAUGCCGUCGUCCAGAAGCGCCAUAAGAGCGCCGACUUCGCUCGACCCGAUUUGCUUCAGCAUCUCGUGGAUGAGGGCCAGAAGCCUGACACACUCACUACCAUGAACACGCGCGACAUCGUAGACCAGAUGUCGGAGGUCCUCCUUGCCGGCUCCGAGACCACCUCUGGCACAACUGCUUGCCUGUUUCUUGAGCUCGCGCGCAACCCAAGCGUGCGAGCCCGACUGCUAGAGACACUGCCUGUCUUGGACAUGAAUGACGACAUCGUCACUUCAAAGUCCGUCAGGAAUGAGCCACAAUUCAGGUACCUCGAGGCCUGCAUCAAAGAGACCCUCCGUCUACACCCAAUAGCGUCUGAAAUGGGCCGCCGUACCGGUGACCAGUGGGUCAAGCUGGUGGGAUAUGACCUUCCUCCCCAUACUGUGGUUUCUGCAUCCUACCGGGACCUUCACCGCAAUGAGCAGUACUUUCCACAGGCUCUACGAUUUUGGCCCGAGCGUUUCCUCCCCGAAGGGGAGAGAGGAGAGGCACCUCCAGCUGAUUUAGAUGCGUAUUAUCCGUUCUCCGCUGGCAAGCAUUCCUGCAUUGGAAUCAAUUUUGCCUGGGCUGAGAUGAGGAUGAUUGCGGCUAAUAUCUUGUCGAGGUUCGAUGUUGUCGAGGUUUCGGGCCAAGAUAUUGACUUCAGACAGUACAUCACCAUGCAAUUCGCAACCGGUCAUUGGAAGGCAAUCCUUAUUCCAAGGCGUCCCAGCCUUGAAACGGCCUCGGUUUAG